AUGACUUGCAUUUCUCGCGAAACGAAUACAUUGUUUAUAAAUUUGAAUAAAAUUCACUUCAUUUCGAUGACUGAUCCCAAGGCGAAGACAUCGGCCGAAACCACUGAUGAGACUCUUAACGAGAAGAAAGAGUCGCAUAGAAGUGAUGACAAACACACGAAGAAGGGGUCCAAAUGUGGAGACAAAGUGCCCCAAAACGAGGGUUUGGCCAAAACUAAUGCUGACCGACGAGUGGGCGACCGAUACGUCAACGGAUCCAAUGCUUUCGCUUCAGACGUUUCGUUCAAUUAUUUCAAAGACAAUCCUUUCAAUAGGAGUUAUAAUCCAAACUACUAUCAGAUGCCCUCUAAUGCCGACUAUGGAUGUCCGGGUCAACCCUUUUAUGACUAUUCUCACCGACAAUCUUAUCCUUCAUAUCGACCACAAAGUUAUCACAAUUAUAGCCAAAGACAUCACAAACACACACAGACUUUAACUGAAGAUGAAAUUCGGGAAAAAGUAUCGAAAUAUCGGCCGUUUAUGAGAGCAAAGAGCUAUAAGUCAAAGACAAGUGGUAUUGAAUUCUCAAUAAUGAGUUACAAUAUUCUGUCGCAAAACCUAUUGGAAGACCACUCGAGUCUAUACCAACACUGCCAGCCCUCACACAUCCAG